AUGUCCUCGAGACGACCCUCUCCCACUCCGAAACGACCCCUCGUCCUUAAACGCGCCGACGGAGAGCCACUGACUCGGGCAGACAUUCAAUACGAUGUUCUGCACGCAAUAUUUUCCGAUACAACGCCAGCAUUCACCAAUCCCUACGUAGGAGAGCCGCACGAAUACACCAAGGUCUCCUUCCGUGAAUUGUACAUUCAGGCCAUUUUGAACUCCUCCAAGGCCACCAAGUCCUUUAAAGAGAAAAUCAUGGACUCACCCGACUUCGCCCGGGAUUUCGCUAUGCUCGCCCUUCUAGUGAAUGUUGGACGGAUCAACACCAGUAUGAGCUUCUUUGCGGAAACGAAGACACCCAAGUGCACAUAUCACCCCAUACCCUCAUUGCAACGCACAGGUGGCAAUCUGCAAGACGGGGCUCGAAUCAGACAUGUCCUCAAGGCGGGAUUACUGAACAACGAAACUCCUCUGCCACCUCAUAUUCCCGAUGAGAUAUUUGCUCGUGCGAGGGCCGGAUUCAUACCCCCGACAAGUGUGUUGAACCUGCUGUUUAUUCUGUCAAGUCAUUCUUCGCUUGUUGGGUCACACUUCUCACAACGCUUCGACUUUCUUGACGUCUUCCUCCGGAAUGAGUAUUCUUCCGCGUCGAGGGCAAAGGCGUUCCUGUGGACCUGCUUCAAUUACCUCGAAAAUCCGGGGUCGGACAGUGAUGAUUAUGACGCACAGGAGAUUCCGAAUCCUUUUGCAGAGCCAAACAAGAGCACGGCUCCUGUACUCAUAUCUCUGACGCCUGAAGAGAUUGCCGCGGAAAAUGUCGACACCGAAGAGGAGAAAGCACUGGGAUCGCGGAUGGUGGCCAAUCGCGACCAAAUUGUCAAGCAAAAUGCUGCCAAAGGCGAGAAGACCAAAGCAAAUGACGAAGAAGUGCCAGUCGGCGAACCUGAUGAAACUGCAACUAAGGCUAAGAAAGGAAAGAAGAAAGGAUCGCGACAACCCUCUGCAGUAGAGAAUGCAGAGACGCCCAGUCGACGCCAGAAAAAGGCUCCAGCAGAGAAGGCACAGUCGCGCAAGUCCAAGUUGAAGAACGAAGCCAAAGGAGCCAACUCGACUCCCAGCUCUUCCCAUCAGGAUGAUAUGAGCAUUGAUGACGAGGAUCUGCAAGAUCCUUCUCAUACCCCGGCGAAUGGGGCACGUAGUGGCAAGGCAGAUGGCUCGGAAGCUUCAACGUCAGGCUUCCGGAUAUUAACAGGCUUGACCACUGAGUCCAGGUCCUCCCGCGGACGUCAACAUCGGUAUUCCCCAUAUCAAUCGAAUACACCAGAGGACCACGCCAACGUUCCGCGCUCUUUGAGACCCCCUGUGGCUAAACGGGGCAUGUUACAAUAUGCAUGGGACCUGGUCAAUACAACCGAUCCGCUCGUGGACUCGGACAACGAGCCUGGAGACGACGGGGACCAUUUUGAAUACACUCAACGACUAAAGGUUGUAUCCCACCUUGCUCAACGACAGUGGAGAGAGCCUUCCCGUGUAUUGCGAGUUAGUGUCGACCCCUCUGCACACCAUUGA